UCACCUUCUAGUUUCACCCUUUGUUUAUACGACCCCGCUGGUCUUGGUCUUGGUCUUGGUCUUCGUCUUGCUCUGCUCUCGUCUGGUCUGGAUGCCCAUUGGCCACAAGACCCGCUCGCUAUAAGUCUCUCGUCGCCGUGCGCGCUCCAGCUCCAGCUCCACGCUUCUCUCGCAGUCCCCAUCACCCGGAGAGAUCCACCACCAAGCAGCCAGGCGAGCCAUGGGCAGCUGCUGGGACUACGAAGAGUGGAACUGGACCAAGAUCGCCAUCUGGGCGGCGAUCCUGCUCGUGGUCGGGGCCGUCCUCAUCGUCCUCAUCCUCGCCUUCGCCGUCAUCAAGCCGCCGACGGCCAUGGCGGAGGACGCCCUCCUCACGAGCUUCGAGCUCGCCCCGUCCCCCAACUCCUCCAACUCCACCACGGCGGCGACCGCCAAGUCCCCGCUCCAGGUCCUGUCGUACAAGGCCACGGCGGCCGUGUCGAUGCGCAACCCCAACCUGCACUACGCCAUCAGCUUCGGGCCGGUGGCGGCGGCCUUCUCCUUCAACGGCACCCUGUUCGACGAGUCCGGCACGGUGGCGGCCUUCAACCUCGCCGCCCGGAAGGAGACGACGGUGCGCCUGAAGGUGGGCGGCGUCGACAAGGCCCUCCCGAAGCUGCCGGCGGGCGGCGCGGCGGAGUUCGCCAGGCAGAAGGAGGCCGGCAGGUUCGAGGUGGAGGUGCGGCUGGACACGGUGAUGCAGUACAAGGGGCGCAAGGCCAAGUGCCCGCUGGUCGUCAUCUGCACGCUGAGCCUGCAGCUCGUCGACCCGGACGUCGCCGCCACCUCCUUCCAGAAGACCAAGUGCACCAUCCUCCGGGCCAAGAUGUCCGGCUGCUAGCCCCUGCGCCCGCCAUUGCCACCGGCUAAUUUCCUUGGAUUUCCCUUCCUGCUGUAAAAAAAAUGUAGAACAAGCAUGGAUUCUGCUCUUCUUUCACAAGAUUCUCAUUUGUUGUUGGUUGAUUAUUAGAUUCAGAGGUUGCUGUUGAUCAUCAAA